GUGAAAGUACAAAUUUGAUGGAGAAGUAAACAUGACAUUUCCGAAUUCCUCGUCUCGAUAUAUUUCAAACGGAGGAAAAUGAUAAUGGAAUAAUCUUCACAAGUCGAUCUCUAAGGAAUGGCCGAAAUUUUUCAUGGCUUUGAGUUGCUGCUGCUGAAGAAAUUCGACAACCACCCAGAACAAUGGCGAGAGUUGAAGCAAAAAUUGGCAAACAAGGACAACGACGACCAGGAAUCUUAUACUUAUAUAGAUCUACUCAUGAUGGGGAACAUUCCUCAGAGUAUGUGGUUUUUGUCGGUUGCUCUCCACAACAGACCUAAGUACCUCCUGCAACUCAUACUGCAGGAUUUAGAUAGAGAGAAGUUAGGAAACGUCAGAAGACCUGGAGAAACUUUGCUGAAGACCUACUUGAAUACAUACAACUUCACAGAGUUUCAUUUAGAUAGUAUUUUUAAGUAUGGUGAAGACAACACUUUGCCUAAAGAGAUUUUCAAGUGUCCCAAUGUGAAACUGUUGUCCCUCAAGUACAACUGUCUGGAUAAAAUCCCUGUGGACAUAGGCAGAAUGAAGAACUUAAGAUUUCUGGCCUUAACAAACAACAAAUUACAAGUGCAAUCAAUUCCCUACUCUCUGACUUUCUGUCGUAAAUUGAAAACUCUUAUGCUGGACAAUAACCUACUAGAUGCAUUGCCAGGUUUCUUGUUGAAAAUGCCAGCCAUAAGGACUGUCCAUCGUCAUGGCAACCACAAUUAUUUUAAAUCCACUUUCAUGUGGUACCACACAGACGUGGGGUACCGCAUCAUCCCCUCUGAAGGUGCUCACCGUGACUCUGAUAGAAAUCCUAAGCCCCUCCAGUUCUGGGCGGCUAAAACUGUGAUUGGAAUGAAGAUGGAUUUUUUUGAGGAUCCCAGCAUUUCUGUGAUAUUACAGGAUUACUUGUCAGAAAUCUAUCACCAGUUCAAGGUGUGCCAUUAUUGCAAUGGUGCCUCCUUUCAUUAUCAACCAGGUUACAAAGUUAUAACCUUUAAAAAUCCAUACUUAGGGAAUACAUGUGUUCCAUUUCAACACUGGGCCUGUACAAUCAAGUGUGCUGUUGCUUUGGAGGUGCCGGCCCGUCAGGAGCAGAUUGCUGCAGCAACACGACUGGAUGAUCUGUACGAGGAAUACAUAGAUGAAUGCCAGGCAAUGUUCUAUGAUGUACAGGCCAGACAAAGUGCCUUGUGUGGUUGCAUUUGUACAUCUCCACCCCCUACAAUCCGCUCCCCUCCAUCAACAACAAACCAUUCAAAUCGAAUUUGUGCGAUUUCAUAGAUAGUGAACAAAGUGAAAAAAUAUUUUAAAGGAGGUAGUUUUGACAAAUGUACAACAAAUUUUUUCCAAGUAAACAAAAUAUAGACUAAAUAUUAUGUUUAGAAAGAACAGGUAUGAAAAGUUUUGUAGAAUUUUUUAGCAUGAGAAACCGAUUAGACAUAUAACACUUUUUGUGGCUAUACAUGAUCAUCCUUGGUUCCUGAGAAGUGUCUUGAAAACAAUCUUGAUACAUAUAAAACACAACAUGAUCUGCAUUACUACAUUUGAUAUAUUCUUUAUGGAUGCCAAAUUAUUUAAGAUGUUAUUAAUUUUAGAACAUUUACUAUAGUAGUGUGUGCCUUUAGACUUUAACAUGAGGCACUGUAACUGUACAUUUCAACCCCAUGUGAACCAUCCUCCCAUUCUUAUCUAGUUACGAGAUCUUCGGAAGGGAACUAGUAUAGACUGCUAUAGAUAUAUAUGUAUUAUUUUCAAGUGUACUUAGACAGCAGUGAAGGCUCCCCAACCCCAGGUUCUAGUUAGCCUACGAUAAUUUAUAUUAACAAAUCGUAAAAAAUAUAUUUACUACUGUGUGAUCAAUAUAUAUAUAUAUAUUACUUAUUUUGCCAAUUGCUGAGCAAUUUUAGUAUUUAUAGCUACAUGUAGCUGCUACAAUAAAUUCUAAUGCUUUUAUAAUGGGCUGAGCCUACAGUUAAAUUUAUAUGAAUUGAUUAUGCUUAUAUAUGAAUGGAUAUUUUGGGAGAAGUAAAGUUUUUAAGCUUUUUUUUCAUAAAAUAUUUAUCAAAUAUGCUACCUUUGUGCCUUUUAAUUUUAAAUGAUGAUAGGACCGAUUUUUUUUUUUAUAGAUAAAUGUACAUAAAAGACACAAGAGGUUCAUAAAUUGCAAGAGUCUCCCUAGUUCCUAGUUCAGAACAACAAACCUUAAAUAUUAAGUAAUGAUUAGUAGAUAUAUUAUAUAUCUCACAUGCAUAACACUACAUGGACUUGGUCUCAAUUUAUAGGAAAUGGAUUUUUAAACAUUAUUGUUGAUACUUUGAUGUACUGGCAAUUGAGGAUGUACAUGUAUUUUGAAGAAAAAAAAACAAACAAAACUUUACAUUUUUUGUACUAGUGUAUGCAUUCAUUGUAACUAAUGUUUGCCAUGUAUAUGUAGCUCAAUUCUUUUUUUAAUUUUUGAAAAUUAAAAUGAUCAAUGCAAAUUCAGAUUGGUAAGGUAAUUAUCAUUCGGUUAAUUGAUAUAGUUAUUCAUGACAUUUGAAAGCACUUCUUUAUCUACCAAGGAUUCUAGAUACUAGUCCCUUUGAUGAGAGAAAAACUGUAAAAUCACAUAUUUUCAAGGAGUCAUAUUAUCAAGGUUCCAGGGAAAAUUAUUGUUCCGUGGGGAUUUGAUUUCAUGUAUGAGGAAAAGCUGAGUUGUUAUAUAUUUGAAAUUUUACAUUUUGUGGCAGACAUGAAUUUGUGGAUUUCUUCACACCACAAAAAACCCCAAAAAUUAAACCCUCAUGAAAAAUUAGUGAUUUCACAGUAAAACAGAAAUCCUUCACUAAUAAAUGUGCUAUUUUAUUUUAUAGAAGGCAAAUAAACAUACUCAUCUACAGUAUAUUCUUAAACGAGAAAAUGCAUUGUGACUUAUAUUUUGUCCUUAUGUAUGAGUUUGUUUUGCCUUUGAGAAACAUAUUUAUAAACAUGCCUUUAUUUAUGUUUGAAAUGUACUUUUUGCACCCAUUGUUGUUGGCAUUUAAGACCAAAAAAAUUAAUCUAUAGUUUCCCAGGCACGGCCACUGGUCAAUGCUGUCACAUUGAUCAAUUUCGAAAAGGGAUAAUAAAUCAGUUUUCUAUUUUUCCAAGUUGAAAACAUCUUUGCUAGCCAAGGGUUUCUCAUCAAAUGUGAGGAGAGUAGAGGAUCAAAAACCCUUGGCUACUGAAGUGGAGUUGAAAAAGAAAAUUGAGUUAUUCCCCUUUUCAUAAACCUUAAAUGAAAGAUUUUUUUUAUUAGAUACACAAUAUAUUUCUUGUUAAAACAAUACUUUAAUGAAUUAACUUUUUUAAAAAAAUGUUUGGAAUAACAUUAUUUAUAUUUAAAGUUGAUUAACAUAGUACAUGUGUAAUUAAUUAAGUAAAAUUCAGUUGAUAUCAUGAUUUUGUUGACUAGCAUGAAAAAAAAGACAAUUAACACCUAGCUGCUUUAAAAAAAAAACAAAAAAACACCCACCUGUUGCAAUGAAUUUUGAAAUUUUUGACCUGAGAAACAAGAUCAAUUUUCUUGGCCUUAAUGAGGCAUUUCCUGUACUGUUUGUUGUUGAUCAGAGCUGUGUAUAUAUGUACCAAAAUGUGAUAUUAAUAACUUUUGUCUCAUAUAUUGAAAUGAUUUUUUUCUCCAACUCAUAAAUGUCUGCACAAUACUUCAUUUUAUCCUUUUUCAUCAAUCUGAGUAUUUGUAUGUUCCUUCAUAUAAUAUUGACAUAUUGAGUGAAAAUCUACUUGCAUACACUGUAAUACUUUAGGAAUGUUUGCAAAAAAGGUGCAUUUCUUACAAAUAAUAAACACAUUAAUUUG